UUUGGUUGUUAUGGUCCAUGAGUGUGGAAAUUUUUAUUCUUGAGUUAAAAAUUUUCGUGCUUCGACCGUAUUUUCACUAAAUGCAAAUUAUUUUCGGUACUUACUAUGGAUUUUCAAUACUAAUUCUUUUUUUUCAUUGGACAAUUAGUCAAAGGUUGACAGUGGAGGAAGUUGUCUUUGGGAAGGAACCCGGGCUAGAGGGGCGACCAACGGGAGAGGGGUUUGUGAAAUUCGGCGCCUCCGAAGAGGCAGAACGGGCUUUGCAACUUAAUGGGCAACAUAUGGGGACAAGAUACUUGGAAAUAUUCAAAAGUGAUGGAGCUGCAUUUGAAGCUUUUAAAUUGCGUUCACAAAACAACAUUGUCCCUUUGAAAGCUCUAGCGCAGUCUACUCCAGAUUGGGGGCCUGGAUAUGGUGGUGGAUAUGGCUAUGGUGGAGGCGGAUAUGGGUAUGGACCUGGUCCCGGUGAUCAUUAUGGUGGUGGAUAUUCAUUUGGAUCUGGCUAUGAGCAACGUGGUGGAGGCGGACGUCCAUAUGGAAGAGGAUAUAAUGGUAUUAUUUUAUUAAGUAAAAAGUCUAAUAAUGACGUUUGGUCCUGA